GGCCUCACACCCAUGCCUCUGCUCCCUGUUACGUUUCAACGGGUAAUAUGGAAGGUAGGGAACCAUUCGGGUACCUACACGACAAUCCCCUACGCAUGUAACCAAUUGUAACACCGCAGGCGUGAGUGGGGGCGGCCCGCGGCCUUCUUCCAUCACAGCGCUGCCGAGAACUCAAAAUUGCAGGGAUUCCGAGUCUUGGGAGCAGACGGUGCCAGCCCUAGCCCCUCUAAUCCCUGCCCAACUUCCCAACAGCUCACUGGCUGACGUCAGGUUGUUGCUUGUGUGCCUGAAUCUUAUUCAAUCCCACUCUAAAGGAUCAUCAAAAAGCUAGAUAUACGCAAAUACCUACAUUACUCGAAAGAUAUCCGAACAUGGCCACUGUAGAACCGAAAGUUCUCGCUACCGAGCCCCUUGUCGAGAGUGAGGCGGUGUGGACCAAAUUAGUGAAGACGACAUACCAAGACCCCAACGGCACGACACGAACAUGGGAAUCUGCCGAGAGGCGCACUCGGCCCAAGGAUAGCGACAUCGACGGCGUCGGCAUUGUCGCCAUCCUUGAGAAGGAGACCGGUCCCGAGGUCAUCCUCCAGAAACAAUACCGGCCACCGAUAGACAAGAUCACCAUCGAGGUUCCUGCCGGGUUAAUCGACGCCGGCGAGACAGCCGAAGAAGCAGCGGUUCGCGAGUUGAAGGAGGAGACCGGAUAUGUAGGCAAGGUUACCGAGAGCACACCUGUCAUGUUCAAUGACCCUGGCUUCUGUAACACAAAUCUCCGAAUGGUUCACGUCACAAUCGACAUGACCCUUCCCGAGAACCAGGACCUGAAGCCGGAGCUGGAAGAGAAUGAGUUCAUCGAGGUUUUCACCGUGCCAUUGGCCAAAUUGUGGGGCGAGCUCGAGAGGCUGGAAGCCGAAGGGUACGCCAUCGACGCUCGAAUUGGGACGCUCGCCGAGGGCAUCGAGAUCGCGAAGCAGUUCAAGUUGUAGCGGCUUCAGUUAGGGCACCGACAUAGUCCCAGCAUAGAAACGUCCUCGGCAUAGACUAGAGCUUGCCCUCCCUCUGCAAACCCUCCCAGAGCGCCAAAGCCGCCAGGCACUUUGCGUCUCUUGCGCCUUCCCGCCAUAGAUCAUCCAUCUUGACCAUUUUUAGCGUGAUCUUUUCCCCAUGAUCUCUGAGACCCGUCAACCGCCCUGUCCAUUCGCUCAGUUGCGCCCUCGGUACCCUUCGCUCGUGCAUGUAGAUGGGAACAUAUUCGUCGCACCCGCCGGGCGAGGGAAACAUGGCCUGGGGCAAAAUCUCCUCGUUGAAAGUCUGC